AUGCACUUUCUGAUUCAAUGCAGCCUGGUCCUUGCCACGUUUUUUGUCUCCAUCAAUGCUCAGUUGCACGGCUUUGACAUUUCUACCCUAGAAGACGUCCUGAAUGCAGGCUGGAGUUUCCAAGACCUAGAUGGCGUUGAUAUGCCCCUUGAACAGAUUCUCAUCAACCAUGGUAUGGAAUUGGUGCGACUGAGGGUCUUCACCAAAAAGAAUCACUUGAAACAGCAACUCAAACUCGCUCAACGAGUGACUCAGAUCAAGCCAAACAUGAAGUUCUUGCUCAAUCUCCAUUUGAGUGACAACUGGACCAAUCCCACCAAGCAAGUAAAGCCAGCCGCUUGGAAAGACCUUGAGGGCGAAGACUUGGAAGAAGCUCUGCGAUCGUAUGUUCACAGUACACUCUUGACCUUUUGGAAUGCCAAUAUCACUGUCGAUACAGUCUCGAUCGGCAAUGAGACACCUCAAGGGAUUCUCUUCCCCGAUGGCCAGGUCACACAGAAUAAUGAUUCUUCCUGGUCAUUCGACAACUUCAACAAGCUGUGGCUUGCCGGUCGUGCCGGCGUGGAUGCUUUCAAGAGCAUGACCCAGCAACAAGAUACACCGAGAGUGAUGCUGCACAUCAACAACGGUUGGCAAACAUGGCCUGAGACAGUCGUUUCUGGAAUGACCAAUGCUGAGAUUGCAGUUCCAAAGGAAACGAUUGAUGUUGUUGGCUUGUCCAUGUAUUCCGUCUAUUGGGCCAAGAAAGUGACACUCGAGGGGCUUGAAAAGACCAUUCUGGGACUGGACAAGGAUUUCGGGAUUCCAUCGAUGGUGGUAGAGACGUCUUGGCCAAUCAAGUGCACGAGACUCGACCAAACGGCUUUCCAGGACAAAUGGCCAACCAUGCCAAUGUCUCCCGUUGGCCAGAAAGGCUGGGUUCGUGCUCUGCUUGAUAUUUUCAAAAACGUCUCAGAGGAGCUGCGACCCAAAACCGGAGUAAUUUGGUGGGAGCCAGCGUACAUGACCAAUAAGGGAGUCGGCACAAAGUGCGAGGAUAUGCUGCUCUUCGAGGAAGUGGAACUCCAGGUCGCUAGGGCUCGAGAAUCUAUCAAGAUAUUUGAGAAGCUUCGUGCUGAAACAACCGAUCAACGCUCGUAUUCGACUGAUCAAUGGGACUUUGAUUGGUCCUUCUCCGGCAUAGAGACAUUUGCUCAUCUGCCGCAUGUCAAAUGCUUAACUCAUCCGGAUGAAGCCUUCGACAUUGCCAUCAUUGGUGCUCCGUUUGACACAGCCGUGACUUUUCGUCCAGGAGCGCGGUUUGGACCGCGUGCAAUCCGUCACAUGUCACAGCGUCAGACAACAUUACGCGGCUUCAAUGCCGCGACUGGCAUCAAUCCUUACAAGAACUGGGCCAAGAUUAUUGAUUGUGGUGAUAUUCCUAUCACUCCAUUCGACAAUGCAGUCGCACUGAAGCAGAUGACCCUUGCCUUUGAACAACUCAUACACGGUCCUACAGCUGCAUCCAACCUGCAAGGUGGCACCGGCCGACGUAUCGCUAAAGACGGCAGUCUUCUCCCACGGCUCUUGACUCUUGGUGGUGACCACUCCAUUGCCCUGCCCGCAUUGGCAGCGUUGCACAAGGCCUAUGGACCGGUCUCAGUGCUUCAUUUCGACAGUCACUUGGACACCUGGUCUCCUGCUGCCUAUCCUCAACAAUGGGCAUCAGAAACAACGGACUUUACGCAUGGCACUAUGUUCCAUCUUGCUGCACAGCGAGGGUAUAUCGCUAAUGGCACAAGUGUACAUGCGGGUCUACGCACUCGACUCUCUGGUGCCGACUUUGAUGAUUACAUGCACGAUCAAGAGGUAGGCUUCAAGCUGAUUGAAGCGCGUGAAAUGGAUUCGAUUGGCGCUGAUGGUAUUGCUGCAAAUAUUAUGAACGUCUUGGGCAAAGACAGACCCGUUUACUUGUCCAUCGAUAUCGAUGUUUUGGACCCUUCUGUUGCUCCAGGCACGGGAACGCCUGAGUCUGGAGGAUGGACAACACGGGAGAUGUUACGCGUCUUGCAAGCUUUGCAAGGUCUCAAUAUUGUCGGAGCAGAUAUCGUCGAGGUCAGUCCGGCGCAUGACAACCAGGGUGAAACAACCGCAUUGGCUGCAGCAGACUUGGCAUUCGAGAUCCUUGGCAUGAUGGUGCAAGAGCCUGGCUUUCAGGUGGAUGCCUAUAUUGCUCCAAAGCAAUUCGUCGGUCGAAAAGCAAUCAGGGAUGAGAAGAAGUCAUGCCUUGGAUGCAGCGGUGAGCAAUGUGCGUGCAAGGAAGGCAAGAAGGCAUGUUGCAAGGGCAAAGCAAGCAAAUUGGAGCUUUGA